AUGUUAGCAGACCGCCAAACCCCUUUUGAUGCCUCAGAUAAGGAUACUAAGGACACUCUUGCUCCCACAGAAGCUGAUGCCAGUGAUCUGCAUAGUGACGUUGCUUCUGUUGGUGUGACUAGUCCUAAGCAAAACAGUACGAUAGUUGAAACGUUGCAAACUGAGAAUAUUUCUGGACGCUCUGCUAGUCAUCUGCCUGUUUUACAAUCAGCAGACUCAAAUCAGGCUGCAGGCCAAAAGGGGAGUUCAGAAAACAGUGGCUCUAAAACAGUGGCUCAGACAAAUGAUGAUACGGACAGUACACCUGCAGGAAGAUGUUCUCCUUCAGAAGACAAAAAAGAGGACUGUUGUGCCCAUGUAGUUGAUGGUGGUGACUUGGUAAGCAAACACAUUCCUGCUGAAGCUCUCAAUGCUUUGUUAACCCAUUCGAGUAAAGAUGCCAGUGUGGUAGAAGUUAUGUCUAUCAAUGAUGCCACCUCUGCUUGUGAAGUAAAGAAGGAUCCUGAGAGUCAUCUAUCAGUGCCAGUACCGGUCUCUGCUGCUACGAAUACUGGUGAUGACAGUAAGGAAGCUCACAGUGUUCCAUUCACCCAUUCUGAUGGAGAGGCCAGCAUGGUAGAAGAGUAUGCUGGGCCUAAGAUUGAGUGCACCAUACAAAUGCCGAGUCCCGAUGAGAAGAGUACCGAGGUUCAUAGUUUGGUGCAAGUGGAGAUGGUAUCAGCUGCAGAACAAGCAUCUACUAAAGUUUUGUCUGGUGGGGAACAAGAAAUACUGCAAGUUAAUGCUGAUAAUAGCAUUGAUGAGGGUGCAAAGGACCAUUGCCCUGAAACUUGUUUGGCAGGCAGCCAAUCUCUAUGUGAAGUCUCAGAUAAGGACGUUGUCCAAACUAAAGAUGAUCGCACUGAUAUGCAGACUGAAGGUAACAUUGCUGGUAUGAACGCUGCUAACCAAGACACUGCUGAAACCAAAGCUACUAGUGACUUGCCCGCUGCUUUACAACCAGCUGGCUCAAAUCUGCCAGCAGAACAAGAUGGAUUAGAGAAUAGUGCCUCUAUAGCUGCUUCUCCAAAUGAACAUGAGAAAUUGGAAGAAACUUCAAGUGAAACUGGUGGUGGCAAUUUGAGCUGUAGUCGGGCUGACGAUGACUCUCAUGCUGUGAAUUUAGUUGGAUAUUCUCCUUCAGAAGGCUCGGAUGAGGAUUCUGCCAAGGUAGCUGAAGCUGGUGACUUAGAGGGAAGUAAAGAAACUACUCUUGAUGUUGUCUCUGCUAUUGCUGGAGGAGCAGAACCCAGUGGUGGUUCUUCAAUUUCUCGAGGAGCAGAAUCAGAGCCUGUUUGUGAAACUCCUGUUCAUGUGCAAGAAGGUAUUUCAGAAGCUGCUGAUCCGGAGGAUGGUAGCACAAUGGACCAAGGUAGCGUCCAAGUAUCUACAGCAGAACCAGAAGCAAAGAAAGAUGACGAUGCACCUACUCAGAAGGAAAACGUCGGGUUGGCUGCCAUAGAGUCAGAGGCUGUGGAGCAUGCUGGUACAGAACCUGAUCUAAAUAAAGAAGCAUCUAUGCCUCCUCAAAAGGAAACCCUGAUUACAGGAGCAGAACUGAAUGAAGAAGCAAAUACAUCUGCUCUAGACGAAAAGACUGUCGAACCAGUUGCCACAGUGCCAGAUCAUUUGGAGCAUGCUAGUACUGAACAGCCUGGAGAAGAUUUAAAGGUGCUGAACACUCAACCAGCUCCUGGUGGCGAAACUUCAAAUCUUGGACAAGCCAAUACUGAACAGCUGUUGCAAACUUCAUCGGGUGAGGAUAUGGCAAUUACAGGAGCUAAAACUGAACAUGCAUGUGGAACUUCAGAUCAAAAGGAAGCUGAUGUGGCAGCUGAUGAGUCUCCUGCUGUCGCGGGAGAGGAGGUGCUGAACACUGAAAUUGCCCCUGACGGUAAAACUCCCAAGGGUGGGAGAGUCUGAUGCCGCUCAAUUGCCACCUUCGCACUGCCAGCCUCCUAGCACUGACUUGUUCCCUAAUGUUGGAAGUGCUAAAAUGGAAGUAGCUGUUGUUCAGGAGUAACUGCCGUUCAGUGUAGGAACAGAUGCAUGUAAACCAGAUGGAACUGCGAGGGAAUCAACAAACAGCAAAGACAGAGCUUCGUUUGGAUCAUCUGUCUCUAGCCCCAGGUCUUGAUGAAAGUUAGAAGUAGGUUAUGCAAAUGUUGUAUGUAGAACAUAUUGAGAAAAAAAACUGUUGUAUUCAGAGCACCUGUUGAUGCAUAAGUUAUAAUUGUCUAAUGCUUUCGCCAAAAUGCCUUGAUGCUCGCUCUUGGCAGUUUAUCGUUUGUCGAUGUAUUACCAGGUUGCUGCAUUUUACUCCCUCUGAUUGGAUAUGUAAGACGAUGGGUAUUUUCUAUGGUUGGCCAACUUUAGUUUGUAUCUUGUCUA